GCAGCAGCAGCAAUCACGCCGUUGUAUUCUCCUCCCCCCCACUCCUCCCGGCCCGCAUUGAAUUAACCGAAGUGAAAGGACCAGAGACCCAACCCGGCCGGGCGACUUCCCGAAGAAACCCAGCUUGGUCAAGGUGAACUUUUCAUUCAAAGGUGGACACAACAACGCUCGCCGGACCUCAAGGUCGCCCUCGGCCAGCAGGGCCGACGCCGACGCCCGCGGCUCGGCCGGGAAUCCAAAAGCCACGGGGGGGCGAGCGAUUUGGUCAAGGGGGCCUUUAGAUAUGGCAAUGGUAGUCGGCGCUUGGCGAGAUCCGCAGGACGAUGUCGCCGGCCUGCAGGGGACGCAGCCCUCCCAGGCCCCUCCCGCGCCGGGCCCCCCGACGGGAGCCCCCCACCCCCCGCAGACGCCGGGCCAGGGCGGGCCCCCCACCACCCCCGCCCAGCCCAACGCGGGCAGCCAGCAGAGCCAGGGCGACAAGGCGACGCAGCAGCAGCAGCACAUCGAGUGCGUGGUGUGCGGGGACAAGUCCAGCGGCAAGCACUACGGGCAGUUCACGUGUGAAGGCUGCAAGAGCUUCUUCAAGCGGAGCGUCCGGAGGAACCUCAGCUACACGUGCCGUGCCAACCGGAACUGUCCGAUCGACCAGCACCACCGCAACCAGUGCCAAUACUGCCGGCUCAAGAAAUGCCUCAAAGUGGGCAUGAGACGGGAAGCCGUCCAGAGGGGUCGGAUGCCGCCCACACAGCCGACCCACGGCCAGUUCGCCUUAACCAACGGGGACCCCCUGAACUGCCACUCGUACCUCUCCGGAUAUAUCUCCCUCUUGCUGCGGGCAGAGCCUUACCCGACCUCGCGCUUCGGCAGCCAGUGCAUGCAGCCCAACAACAUCAUGGGCAUCGAGAACAUUUGCGAGCUGGCCGCCCGCAUGCUGUUCAGCGCCGUCGAGUGGGCCCGGAAUAUCCCCUUUUUCCCCGACCUCCAGAUCACCGACCAGGUGGCCUUGCUGCGGCUCACCUGGAGCGAGUUGUUCGUCCUCAACGCGGCCCAGUGCUCCAUGCCCCUCCACGUCGCCCCGCUCCUGGCCGCCGCCGGCCUCCACGCCUCGCCCAUGUCCGCCGACCGCGUGGUCGCCUUUAUGGACCACAUACGGAUCUUCCAGGAGCAGGUCGAGAAGCUCAAGGCCUUACACGUGGACUCGGCGGAGUACAGCUGCUUGAAAGCGAUCGUCCUCUUCACCUCAGAUGCGUGUGGUCUCUCUGACGUAGCCCACGUCGAAAGUUUACAGGAGAAAUCGCAGUGCGCGUUGGAGGAAUACGUUAGAAGUCAGUACCCAAACCAGCCCACUCGCUUCGGGAAACUGUUGCUACGCCUUCCGUCUCUCCGCACCGUCUCUUCCUCAGUAAUAGAGCAGUUAUUUUUCGUCCGUUUGGUAGGUAAAACCCCGAUAGAAACCCUUAUCAGGGAUAUGUUACUGUCUGGAAGCAGUUUUAACUGGCCUUAUAUGGCCAUCCAAUAAGAAUAUAUAUAUAAGAAUAUAUAAAUAUAGUGGUGGAGAGAGGAAAGGGGGGGGGGGGAA